AUGGAUAGGACUCUCUUUUUUACAUUUCUGCUUGGGUGGUAUUUUUGUUCAAUAGCGCUCUCCAUAUAUAACAGAUGGAUGUUCGAUCCGAAGGAUGGAUUGGGUGUUGGAUAUCCCGUGUUAGUGACGACGUUCCAUCAGGCUACAUUAUGGUUAGUGUCGAGCAUAUAUAUCAAGCUCAGGCAUAGACCAGUGAAGAAUGCUCUGAGACGAAAUAAUGCUUUCAAUUGGAGUUUUUUCCUGAAAUUUCUAGUUCCUACAGCAAUCGCUUCUGCAGGUGAUAUUGGGCUCAGCAACGUUUCGUUACAAUAUGUUCCCCUAACAGUUUAUACCAUUAUAAAAUCUUCCAGCAUUGCUUUUGUCCUUUUAUUCGGUUGUGCCUUCAAAUUGGAGAAGUUUCAUUGGAAACUGGCCCUUUUAGUAAUAAUCAUGUUUGGUGGUGUAUCAUUAAUGGUUUUCAAACCAAGUGACUCCAACAGUACCGAAAAUGAUCGGGCCCUGGUUAUUUUUGGAAGCGUCCUCGUCUUAGCAAGCAGUUGCCUUUCUGGAUUGAGAUGGGUCUAUACGCAGUUGGUGCUAAGAAAUAAUCCGAUUCAGACUAAUGUAGCCGCAGUGGAUGAUUCCGAUGGUAAUACUUUCGCGGGAACUCCAGAUAGUGCAGAUGAUGAAACUGUUGUCAACCCUGCCAAUAACAGGAUGCGAGAAAAUUUCAGAGGGUCCAGGCCUCAUCCAAUUCAUACAAUUCAUCAGUUGGCUCCCAUUAUGGGCGGUACCCUACUAUUCACUUCACUAGUCCUGGAAAAACCGUUCCCUGGUGUAUUCAAAUCUAGUUUAUUUAGAUUCAACGUCGGCCAUGGUAGUAAUGAUACAGAGACAAAUAUUUUAUCGAUCGCAAAAGGCCUGCUGUUGUUGAUAUUACCUGGCUUUGCAGUCUUCUUGUUGACAAUCUGUGAGUUCAGCAUUUUAGAGCAAACACCCGUGUUGACAGUAUCUAUUGCUGGUAUUGUAAAGGAAGUUUUGACAGUUAUAUUUGGUAUGAUUGUCCUUUCUGAAAGAUUAAGCGGGUUUUACAAUUGGUUAGGUAUGCUCAUUAUCAUGGCGGAUGUCUGCUAUUAUAAUUACUUUAGGUAUAAGCAAGACUCGUCACAGAAGUACCAGUCGGUUUCAACUCAAGAUGCUAGUAAAGAGUUAAUGGGAUUUCAAACCUAUGGGCAGUUAGGGAGCAAAAAAAGUGCAUCAUACUCUAUUAUUGUUGAUUCAACAAAUCAAGAGUAUGAGCUCGAUAUUAUUGCCCAAAACGCUAGUCGUUCAUCACAGCAGGUCUGA